AUGUCCUUCUUGAGGAAGAAAAAGCCAUCCCAGCAAUCAGCUGCUCCCAGUACACAUCCGAGCAUCCCAGCGAAUGCGGUCCUCGGCCAGACGGCACCACGGAGGCAGGGCGUAACCCGCCAGCUCCACCCUCCGGCCCAGGACGCCCAGCCAGGUCAUCCCGAACCAUCAGAUACAGCCACGCCAGGCCAACAGCAACAACCAGCAGCUCAUCCCGGUCAAGAAAUUCCAGACUAUGAGGAAAACGAGCCGAAUGCCGUCCUCGGCCAGGCGGCACCGCGGAUGCAGGGCGUCACCCGCCAGCGCCACGCUACGGUCCAAGACGCCCAAGCUGCUCUGGACGACCACGCAAGCCUCGCCGCUGAGCAUGAACAUGGAGCUACAGACCAAGACGCCCACGCGCAGGCCGCCGGGCAUGGAGAUGAAGAUAGUGAGGAGUGGGAAGAGGGAGAGGAAGAGGAAGAGGAUCAAGAUGAUGAUUGGCAUGGCGAACUAGACUAUCCCCCAGACGAGGAGGGGGAGUAUGAACACUACCCUGAAGAUGAAGGCGAAGGCGUCGGCAUCGCAUAUUAG